AGGAUAUUCGGCCGUGUUGCCCCCUCUGUGAGCCUGUGCUGCUGGGUACGAGUGUCGGUGGUGAUUCUUUGUAGGCUGCACGUGGCAAACGAAUACGGAUAGUUUCCCUUUGAAAAUGUCGUCCGAGUUGAAAGUUCUCUCGCCAAACGUGCACUACACCGACGAGCAUAUCGAGGUGGAGUACCAGUAUCAAACAACGACGGUGGUCGACAGCGGCCCGGACGGGUACACGGUGAAACCUGAAACGACAGAGUUGAACAUCCGCACGGGGCGACGUGUUCCUCGGCUCGGUCUGAUGUUGGUCGGCUGGGGUGGUAACAAUGGUUCCACGUUGACCGCCGCCUUGGAAGCGAACAGACGUUCCCUCGAGUGGCGCACGCGCCAGGGUGUCCAGAAGGCGAACUGGUAUGGAUCGAUCACGCAAUCGUCCACGGUGCUGCUCGGUUCCGAUGCAUCCGGACAGGAUGUGUACAUUCCCAUGCACCAGCUAGUGCCGAUGGUCAACCCGGAUGACAUUGUAGUGGAUGGAUGGGAUAUCAGCUCCUUGAACAUCGGUGAUGCGAUGCAACGGGCGCAGGUACUCGAGGUUGGUCUGCAGGAUCAGGUGUACAAGCGGUUGUCUCAGAUGCGGCCACGUCCUUCAAUCUAUGAUCCGGAUUUUAUUGCGGCAAACCAAGCGGACCGGGCGGAUAACACGAUUGGUGGAACGCGCUACGAGCAGUACCAGCGUAUCGUGCAGGACAUUCGCGAGUUUAAGCAGCAAUCCGGCGUGGAAAAGGUGGUGGUACUGUGGACGGCCAACACGGAGCGGUUCGCAGAGGUGAAGGAGGGCGUUAACACCACAAUGGCCGAUUUGGAGCGUUCGCUGAAGCAAAACCAUUCUGAGAUCUCUCCCUCGACGAUCUUCGCUAUGGCGGCUAUUGCGGAAAAUUGUAUCUACAUCAAUGGGUCACCGCAAAACACGUUUGUGCCGGGCGUAAUCGAGAUGGCGGAACACCACGGGGCGUUUAUCGCCGGAGACGACUUUAAAUCGGGCCAAACAAAGCUCAAGUCGGUGCUGGUGGACUUCCUCGUAUCCGCCGGCAUCAAGCCGGUUUCCAUUGUGAGCUAUAACCAUCUCGGCAACAACGACGGCAAGAAUCUCUCGGCCCCGCAGCAGUUCCGCUCGAAGGAGAUCUCCAAGAGCAACGUCGUGGACGAUAUGGUCGCCUCGAACCACAUCCUGUACGACGCCGGCGAGCAUCCGGACCACUGUGUUGUCAUCAAGUACGUGCCGUACGUCGGUGACAGCAAGCGCGCAAUGGACGAGUACACGAGCCAGAUCAUGCUCGGUGGCCACAACACGCUGGUGAUCCACAACACGUGCGAGGAUUCGCUGCUCGCCUCACCGCUCAUCCUCGACCUGGCGAUACUAGGCGAGUUGUGCUCGCGUAUUCAGGUCCGUCGGAAGGAACUGGCAGGAAGUGAGUUCGUUCCCUUCCGGUCGGUAUUGUCGGUGCUGAGCUAUCUGUGCAAGGCACCGCUCGUACCACAUGGCACUCCUGUCGUUAACUCGUUGUUCCGUCAGCGGACGGCGAUCGAGAACAUUUUGCGCGCUUGCGUUGGGUUGCCUCCACUAAGCCACAUGACGCUGGAGCAUCGUUUCGAUCUGCCCAUCGGGGAAAGCCAGGGUCAGGUGCAUCCCAGCGCCAAGAAGGCUCGUGUUAAUGGAACGGUUCCGAUGACGAAUGGCACCAGCGAGAAAUGCAACGGGGUGCAUAACGGCAAUGCACAUCCUGUGUAGAAAACCACCAGCCACUGAUGUGAGACCUCCAACGGGGUGGAAUCGUAAAAACCUUGAACACGUGUCUAUUUACCACCCGAUUAUGAUGGAACACCCCCAGCGAACUAUGCAUGGAACUGUAUAGGGCGUUGUAGGAGACAGAUUAGAUUAAGGGACCAUCGAGGAGAGCUAUGCCUCGCUGAUUCUAUAUGUUCUAGUAAUUCGUUGAACCCAAUACACCCACCCAAUCCGCACAUGCAUGGAACACUGGUCCUGAGGAUGCAGUGGAGUAAAAACAGCGUAGCCAGACCGUAUUUCUGAACAGGAAUGCCUUUUCAGGCGAAGUACACGUGCUACCCGGCGCGACACUGAACUUAGUGGAAGGUAGCUAAAAUUUACAGUAAAACAAUAUGGUGCAACUUUAGUAGGAUUUUCCCCCGAUUAUUACCCAUUUUUAGAUGUAAGAAUUUGAAAGCGUGUACUAUGUAAGCGUUUAUUGAAAAAAGAAAAUAAACUAUUUGCGAC